AUGGUAAGCGGUCUGGAAAGCAAUUUUUGUGAAUUACCGAAUAUUUCAACUGUCAAUGGAACCCUUUUGCAAAAUUGCAGUGUCUCGACACUUAACUCGUUAGAUCUUGGUGGCAACAAUUUUUCCACUCUGACAGCUGGAAUGUUUAAGGAUUAUAAUGUUAAGGUGCGCUACCUUAAUGGAGUUUUGGAGAUUAGUAAUUGCUCAAUUAGUGAAGUUCAAAGUGACGUUUUCAUCGGGCUCGAAAAUCUGUUGGCUUUAGAUUUAUCUUAA